AUGGCAUUCAAAACCUCCCAAUUAUUCAUGUUCCUCUUGGUCGUUGUCUUCUGCCUUUCAUUCAACAUCGACUCCUAUUAUUCGCGCCCUCUCCCUCGUCAAGCUGGAACUUUCAAUGGUGACGCUACCUUCUACGAUGUCGGCCUAGGUGCUUGUGGUAUAACAUCCCAAAACACUCAAUUCGUUUGCGCCAUUCCUCAAUCCCAAUUUGACCCAUCGCCCAACGGCAAUCCAAACUUGAACCCUCACUGCGGAAGACAGGUUCAGGUAACCAGGGGUUCUAAAUCGGUUGUAGUUACUGUCGUUGAUAGAUGCGUAGGUUGCGGAUUUAACGACAUCGAUUUGAGUCCUACCGCCUUCGAUCAAAUUGCCGAUCCUGCAGAAGGUCGUGUGAAAGUUUCGUGGUGUUACAUCUAA